AUGAACAUAUUGGCAGUAUUACUGGUUAUGGCCAUAGUGAGCCUUCCUUUGAUAUUCGCGCCGAUCAAGUCAUACAAUGAACUUCGCAAAUUGAGGCUCUUGAAGAGACGACACAGGGCCAUGGUGAAAGAGUCUCAGGUUGUAAGGCUCGGCACGAUAGAGGAAGACGAGCCCGAGCACGCAGAUACGAACGCGGGAGAUACGCACAAACCGCCACCCGCAGAACCUAUCGGAGACGAAGUGUGGAUUUGCCCUACGAGCACGGUACGAUUCGGGUCCGCAGGAUCAAAAUGGAUGGAAUUGAGAGUAACAACAGUGAGGUUGAACAUGUCUUGGCUACUGAUGAUGACAAAGCUUCGGUUUUGGGACAAGUCUUGGCUUACUCUGGUCUGGUUUCGAGACAGAAGACGAAAUUUCUAUGGGUGUCUUCUUUGUGGCAGAACGAUAUCGGAUUACAAGCCCUACCCCGCUUUCAGCGGAUUCAUCUUCUUCUCGGCGCUUUUACUUUUUGUCAUCUAUCCGACCAUCUCGCUGUAUUUGAUUGAGAGUUGGCAGCUUGCAACGUUUUAUCUUGCAAUCGCCAUUGGGAUGUUCCUCCGACAUCAUACCAAUGCUUCUUUGCUGCUGCAAGAAACAGGCAUGGUAAACCCACCAGAGGAGGGCUCCGAUCCUAUCAAAGUAUGGGAGAACCAAUCUCGUUUGAGCCAGGUCGCAGCAACGGUUAGCCGAGGCAAGUCAUAUUAUGCAUGGCGAUUCGUUUUUGCAAUCUUUGCCGUGGUAGUUAUUCUUCUCGGAAUUCAAGCGCAGGGAACUUCCUUGGACAAUACCGAAACAGAGUAUUUCACCGUUCGUCGCGGCUUCUAUUACGAAGAACAAAAGACUCUCCACUACACAUCCUGCGAGUUCGAUAAGGACAUUGAAGGCAACCCUCAAUCGACUUUGAUUGACUACAUGUUCUUAUCCGCGCUUGCCUACCGAACUCCUAACGAAACUGCGUUCAACCUUCGCUCGUGGUAUGGCCCUGGAGUUGUCGAAGAAAGGGUCGAUAUUGUGGACUCCUUCCGCGCAACCAAUCAAGACAACACUCCAGUUUUCUACAAACUGUUCACGGCUUCAUUACCUGGCAAUCGAACUCACGCCAUCAUUAGUAUUCGGGGAACCCAUAAUCCAUGGGACAUGUUUGCAGACGGUCAGUUAUGGGGGGCCGCAGUGUUGCUCCAGCUGGUCAGAGCGGUGCUCCCGUUUGGUUACAUAUUUGAUCCUAUUUUGCAUCACAUGGUCACAAUAUCUUCUUUUCUACAGUCAGGAUCGCUCGACAAGAUGUCAUUCUACAGGUCCACAACCGAUUUCGCCAACCAUCUCACAAGUUCGAGCAACUUCUCCUCCGUCUUGCUCACAGGGCACUCACUGGGUGGCGGCCUAGCCAUUAUCAGUGGCGCACAAGCAGAGCUUCAAGCGGUGGCAGUUUCUGGUCCCAAUGCUAAGAUUUCCAGGAAUCGACUAAAUGUCACCGUGGAGAAUUUAGAACGAUACACCUUCAACAUCAAACCAGAUCGUGACCCCGUGGCGAUGGUUGACGAUCCGACCAAGAAUCUUCAACAGAUUGAGUGCACAGCCCCGCACAACGAAUUGUUUGCCUGCCACAACAUUCGCAGGUCGCUUUGUGAAGGCAUGUACAAAUGUGGUACCAACGGACGGCCUGUGGUGUGCGAGUGCGCAACAUUGUUUGGCUACCCCGAACCAAAGCCCUUGGCCGAUAAUACAAUCUCCUUUGCCGAAGCGUGCACCGGUGCAAGAGUUGUUGUCCCCUAA